UCUUUCUUGGACCUGUUUUUAUUGAUAAGAACAAAAUAAGAAGUAAUAAAACAUUAGGAGAUACUGUACAACAGCCUCUGUUGUUUACUAGCCCAUGCCCCUGAGCGGUAAAAUAUGUUACCAUAAAUCCAUUUUGCUAGUGAGGUCUCAAUUAACAGUCAGUUAAUUGGCCUGUUUUGCAGGAUUUAACCUGGUGGCAUAAGAACCUCGAAAUACGAUUAGAGAUGCAAGAGAGAUUAGCACAGGCAGGAGAGCUGAAGCCUAUUUCUCCAUCUCCAUUGGUGAGUCAGUGUAAAGACAGAACUACACAGACAUCAGGAAAUCAGUACUUCACUCUUCCUCAGAAUGCAUCUUCCUGGCAUUUUCUGCCUUGUACUCAGCAAGGUGCCAGUUUUGAGAUCUCAUUCCGUCCUCUGAAGCAGAUUUCUACUGCAUGCCUUGGAUACAUGCUACUAAGCAGAUUAUGGGCUUUCCUUGACCUACGCUUCUUUUCCUAAUGCUGAUCUGACUAUGGCUGUCCUCAAAGUAAAAUUCACCAAAACUAAGAGGGACAAAUUGGCUCAGAUCCUAUGGAUCCUCAACUGGGUUUCUGUAGUGAGUGGGAUCAUUCUCUUCAGUCUUGGCCUCUUUCUGAAAAUAGAGAUCAAGAAGCGCAAUGAAGUGAUGGCAAAAGGAGACAUUAACUCUGUCCCCAACAUGCUGAUCUCUGUAGGGGUCAUAGCAUGUAUCAUCAACUUUCUGGGUGGCAAAAUCUGCUAUGACUGCUCAGAUGCCAACAAGUUCUCUCGGUGGAAACUAGUUAUGCUCCCAUAUAUCGUGUGUACCUUCUGUUUUACCUUCUGCAUCCUGUUGGGUGCUCUCAUGUGCUAUACCAUGCGGAAUGAACUGGAAGAAUCUCUCUAUCUGGGAUUGAGGGAUGCUAUUAAGUUCUAUAAGGACACUGACAUACCUGGAAGAUGUUUCUUAAAGAAAACAGUGGAUAUGUUGCAAAUUGGAUUCCAGUGCUGUGGAAACAAUGGCUUUAGAGACUGGUUUGAAGUUCAGUGGGUAUCUGCUCGUUACCUGAAUAUGGCUUCCAAGGAAGUUCUGGACCGUCUAAAGAGUAAUGUUGAUGGGAAGUUCUUGGUGGAUGGAGUACCCUUCAGCUGCUGCAAUCCAAGUUCCCCACGGCCCUGUAUCCAGUACCAGCUAACAAACAACAGUGCUCACUACAAUUACAAUUUCCUGACAGAGGAGCUCAAUAUCUGGGUGAAGGGGUGCAGAGAGGCCUUGCUGGAUUACUACACAGCUAUUAUGAGAUCCAUUGGUAUCGCAGCACUGCUUAUUUGGUUGUUUGAGCUCUCCGUACUUACUGGUGUCCGGUACCUACAAACAGCAAUGAAGAAUGUUCUUUUGCUAGGAGACCUGGAGGGUGAAUCAGAUGGUUGGUUACUCGAAAACAGUUUUGUUGAAACUGCCAAAUACAACAUCAAUAUCAUUAAGAACCUUGGCAAAGCCAACCAGAUCUCCACUGUCUCAGGCCUUAAUGAUCCCAACAUUGAUGUUCAAAACCCCAAUUGUGGCAAAAACAAUGUUGCAACAAAAUCUAUCCCUGCAGCUAGCUAGACAAUUCUUCAGGGCAAUCAUAUCACAAGAGUUGCUUUGCUGUAUUACAAUCUUUGAUACCACUUUUUUUUUUUUUUUUUACUUGUGGGGAAGAAAGAAAAAGUGAUAUGACAACUGACCAGAAGAUAAACUGGUCAUAGGAACAAAAUAUUGAUACUUCUUUGGCCAGAUGUAUUUUCACUCUUGCGAAAUCCGACUUUCAUACCUGCACAAAACAAUCUUUUGAAAUUUUCCCACUUUGUCUCUUCCAACUUACAUAUUUCUGUCAUCUGAAUGUCAGAAUAAUGAUUAUGAACAAAAAGACUAUCAGUUUGGAUAUCAGACUGUUCCAGACAGGAUUGGUCUACUUUAUAUCAACAAAGUUUGUCAUUAUUGACACAUCUAUUGAAAUCCCAGCAGCAGGGAAAUUUCAAAAGAACAUUGGAUAAAAAGAGAUCUUUUAAAAAAGCAAAAACUGUAAAAUGAAAACUGUGUUUAACAAGUCCGUAUUAGGAUACAAAUAUAUGUAUGUUGUUGCCCUUCUAAAAACUUAAUAGCUAAGUGAAAUUGAGUUGAAGCCAAUUUAAAUUAGUUAGUAUA